CGUUGGCCCGGGGCACGCAUGCGCCAAGUCUUCCUUUCGCUAUUCCCACUCCCCGCCCCUCUCUGUCUUCUCUGCACUGGGAAGCAGCUCUCUUGCCACGGCCCCUCACCCUCUGAAAAUGUAUGCCUGCUCCAAGUUCCUCUCCACCCACUCUUUGGUCAGGAGCACCUCUCAGCUGCUGAGCCGACCACUAUGUGCAGUGGUGCUGAACAGACCAGAGACACUAACAUAUGAGAGCUUCAGCAGCUUGGCAGUCCCAUGUCCCCUGACUUCACUUAUCCCUAGCCGCAGUGUCCAAACCAGCACCAUUUCAAGGGAUAUCGACACAGCAGCCAAGUUCAUUGGGGCUGGCGCUGCCACAGUUGGGGUGGCUGGCUCUGGGGCUGGGAUUGGGACUGUAUUUGGAAGUCUUAUCAUUGGUUAUGCCAGGAACCCCUCUCUGAAGCAACAGCUCUUCUCCUACGCCAUUCUGGGCUUUGCCCUCUCAGAGGCCAUGGGGCUCUUUUGCCUGAUGGUGGCCUUUCUCAUCCUCUUCGCCAUGUGAAGGAGCAGUCUCCACCUUGAAUUCUUUCUCCCGUAUCUUGUCUGCCCUGUAUUUCCCUUUUCCCAUACCUCCCCGGGCAGUCUGGGGAAAGUGGUUGGCUCAGGGUUUGGCAGAGGGAAGACAAAUAAAUACUGUAUUAAUAAGA